GGUGAACGGGCGGCAGGCGGGCAGAGAACUACCGGCACCCGGGAGGAAGCGGGGGCGGCGGGGCCGGGAGCGGGGACCGCGGCUCCGGGAGCGGGAUGCGGUGGCGGCCCGGGACGCCGCCGCGCUUCUUGGGGCUACACCAUGCACCCGGCCGUGGCGGUGGGGCUGGUGUUCGGCGGCUGCUGCAGCAACGUGGUGUUCCUGGAGCUGCUGGCCAGGGAGUUUCCAGGAUGUGGGAACAUAGUGACAUUCUCCCAGUUCCUGUUUAUUGCAGUGGAAGGCUUUAUCUUCGAAGCCAACUUUGGGAGGAAGAGGCCGGCCAUACCAAUAAGGUACUAUUUCAUCAUGGUGGCCAUGUUCUUCACUGUCAGUGUGGUGAAUAACUAUGCCCUGAACUUAAAUAUCGCCAUGCCGCUGCACAUGAUCUUCAGAUCAGGUUCUCUCAUAGCAAGCAUGGCUCUAGGUAUCAUCAUUUUGAAGAAAAGAUACAGCGUAUCUAAAUACACGUCCAUAGCCCUGGUGUCCCUGGGGAUCUUUACCUGCACUUUCAUGUCUGCAAAGCAAGUGGCAUCUGACUCUGGCUUGAAUGAAGAGGAUGGACUCCAGGUUUUCUUGUGGUGGCUGCUAGGUAUUGCUGCGCUCACCUUCGCCCUCCUCAUGUCUGCCAGGAUGGGGAUUUUCCAGGAGACGCUGUACAAGCAGUUUGGGAAGCACUCCAAAGAGGCCCUUUUUUACAAUCACGCGUUACCACUCCCUGGCUUUCUCCUCCUUGCCCCAAACAUCUACCACCACGCAGUCCUCUUCAGCCAGUCCGAGCUGUUCCAGGUCCCAGUGAUCGGGCUGACCCUGCCAAUCAUGUGGUUCUACCUCCUCAUGAACGUCAUCACUCAAUACGUCUGCAUCCGAGGCGUCUUCAUCCUCACCACGGAGUGCACCUCCCUCACCGUCACGCUGGUGGUGACGCUGCGCAAGUUCGUCAGCCUCAUCUUCUCCAUCCUCUAUUUUCGCAACCCCUUCACGGCCUGGCACUGGCUGGGCACCGCCUUUGUCUUCGUGGGGACUCUCAUGUACACGGAGGUGUGGAACAGCCUCGGGCCCUUCCUGGCCCGCUGGAGGAAGAGGCCGAAGGAGGAGUAACGGCUGGGGACUCUCUGCAGGGACCUUUUUAUUGUUUUAUAGAGCAGCAGGGAAUCCCCCAGAGGGGGGUUGUUUUAUAACACGGGGGAGGUUUUGGCUGUGCCAAGCUCCUGGGAAACAUGGAGUCUCCGCUGGGAACCUACCUGAAAUGGAUCAUGAAGAGACAAUACGGUUAUUUUUGCAAGGUUGCAUUUUUUUAUGCAACCCCUUUUGCUUCCAACCUUUCCCUUUUUUUUUUUUUUUUUUUUUUUUUUGUUCUUUUGGUUUGAAUAACCCUUUUUAAGUAACAAAAGCUGACCCAGUUCUCUGUUAGGAGCCCAGCCUCUCUGUGGUGCCGUCACCCACCCCUCCUGGCUUUGAUGAGGUGGGCCCGGAGCCUGUUUGGUGCCGUCCUUCAACGUCCAGGUGGCCGUAGUGGGUGGCUGAGCCCCGGGGAACUGCUCUUUGUGCAGCAGGUUGUUAGUUACACUGGAAAGGCCGGGCCUGGCUGUUAACCCGCGUCCUUGUUACCUGAUCCUACAGCCUGUGCUGGGAGGGUGUCGGAUACACCUGUAGCUACGGCCUUCCAGUCUGCCCAGUACAUCUUCCACUGGGGAAUGGCCCAGGGGGCUGAUUCCCAAGCCACCGAGCCCCCCCGUCACUAGUAGCAGGGGGUAGUUGGGAAUGUGAGGAAACCGAAAAGGGCCGAUGCUACGGGGACAGAAAAUGCCGCUGCGUCACUUUCGCAGCCUUCUCAGGGAGACGGUGAAGUGCUGUUGAGGCUUCGCUGAGUCCUCAGAUGUUGCCCUGAUACUUCACCAGCCGGAGGGUACCGUGGGUUCCUCCUGCUUUGGUUAGGUCCUCAGCGCAGGUCGCUUUUCAGUCACCUCCUACUUUUUCCCUCACUACAGGCAUGUUCAGCGGGCUUCGUUCCCAGCAGUCGGCCGCAACGAACUGCUGCGCCCCAGCUUGUGGUCCCCCGCAUCCAGCCCAACCUCAGGGUUCAAAUGACGCCAAGAAACUUAAGAAGGGCCAGUAAGGCUGAGCUUAUUUCUGCUGCUGGAGGGAGCUGGGUUUACUGUCCUUUCACCCAAGUCUCCUCCCACCCCUUGGGCAUCAGCAUCGCUCGUGGCGUUUCUGUGCCUCAUAGCAGCGUCCACCUGGCGCGGGAGCGGUGUCCCUUAGUGUCACCCCUCAGCUGGGGCAGGGGUGGCUGCGAGAGCUUUGGGGGGGUGUCCCCACGCGUGCAGGCAAUGCCUGUCUCCCAGCAAGGUGAGGGGCCGCAGCCACAGCUCUUCAGGGGCUGCUCGGCGUUGGGCAGAGCAAGGGCUAGUGCGCAGCCUUGGAGCAGAGGGGAGCAUCUUUGCGCUGCCUCAGUUUUCCUGGAGCACCUUGUUCUCGUCAUCAUGGUACUGUCCCUGCUCAGCAGUAUCAACAUGAUGCACGUCAGGCUUGGCCAAGUGAGGACUAUACUCCGUUAUUCCUCCACCCAACGUCCCCAUAGCUUCCAGGCUCAGUGUUUACAGCCCCUGCAACGUUAAACCUGUGCUUGUGGUGGGUUAACCCCGGUUGGCAGCGAAGCACCGCAGGGCUGCUCGCUCACUGUCCCCCACAGUGGGACCAGAUGGUGGGGGACAGAAAGAGUAAAACCAGGAAAAUUUGUGAGUUGAGCUAAAGAUGGAAAGAGGAAGGGGAAAAAAUAAAAAGGCCGGUGAUGCAAAGGCAACCGCUCACCGUCUCCCACUGUCAGCACUCUGCCCAGCUCGUCCCUGGGCUAUGGUGACCUUCCCAAACCCUCCUCCCUUCUGUUUUUAACCUGUAUCGGCCCUCUUGGAUGUGCCCCUUCCCGGCUUCUUGCCCGCCCACAGCCAAAUCCUUGGUGGGGAGCAGAGUGGGAGGAAAGGGAAAGCCUUGAUGCUGUGGGAGCGCUGAAAUGCUGGUGUGUUGUCAGCACUGUUUUAGCCCCAGAUCCAAAGCCCGGCACAAUAUGGGCCGCUAUGGAAAAAGGUGACUCCCAAGCAGCGUCGGUACGGUGCUGACAGACCCUGCAGCCUGCUCCUUCCUGAGAUGCUGAAGGGUUUUUUUGCCUCUUCUGGUUUUGAUUUUUUUUCCUCAGCCUGAAAAAAAACAUGUUUCCAAGGAUUUUGGAGCUGGGGCAACUGUUUCCCCACAGCUGCCCCAGCAUCUAGUGCCGCUUAGCGCCCGCCGCCAGCUGUUUGCGCAGGCUCCGGGGACGCCCCAGGGAGAGGCAAAACCUUUAUCCCUCAUCUUGAUCUUCAAAACUAUUUACACGGAGCUUCAGCUGAGACAGAGAGGCAGGGGCAGGCAAUGCAAAUCCAGCGUGAAAGCGUCGGGGGCCACUGAGCAACCGGUGGGGUUCCGCAAAGCUUAAGACGGGCGUAAGGCCAGGCUGACGGGCGUAAGGCCAGGCUGACGGCCGUGGCGGCGCUUGCCUUAACCCAGGCUGGGGGUUUAGCAAAGCAAUAGCUGAGCGGGUGCCUGAGUGAGUGUAACAUAGUGUACAUAGCCUCCUCGCUCGGUCCCUCUUCGUAUCAAGGGAAUUGCAUGUUGUCCCCAUUUUCCGUGUGAUGGUAGGUUUGGGGGUGUUUGGCUUUCUCUUGUUUUUAAACCGUGUGCCAUACUUGGUCGUCACUUGACCCACGUGUCAACGGUGGGUUAUUGUUGUUGUCAGGGGUAUUUUUUUCAACCUUACAGUAUAAUCUGCGUGUUCCUAAAUAUUUAUAAUUAUUAGAGCGUCACAGAAGGGGCAGCGAUUCCCUUCCCACUGUAGGAGAGCGGGAGAGCUUGCCCAGUUGUGACAUGGAGGAACGGUCCGUGCAGAAGGGCCCCAUUAGCCAAAAUCAGUAUUUGAAUCCAAGGCCCCCCCCCCCAAAAUGGGGCCACUGAUUUGUUUGGUUUUAAACUCUGCGGUAGAGAUAAUAACACAUCAAUUUUUUUAGCAGAGGCUGGAAGGGCGGGUGAGCCAAAGUACUUUUUGAUCAGUGUUCUGGAUUUGCAGAGCUUCUGGAUUGGCUGGUCAGGUUCAGGGUGAUGCUUUUGUGGUUUUUUUU